AUGACCGAACUUUAUUCACAUGAACAUCAACAACAAGAAGAACUUUCUAAUCAAUCACCAAUAAAAAUGCCAAGAGUUUAUUCAUCAACAAACCAUCAUUCAGAUAUUAAUAAAACUUUGACUGAUCAUAACAAUGAAAAUAAUAUGUGUAAAGAAACUUUUGAAGUUCAAACAACUCAACAUUGGAAAUUAAAAACAUCAGAUCAACAACAAUCAACAAAUAAUCAAUUUUCUCAAACAUUUAUUGAUCCACGCUCAUCAACACAUACUAAUAGUAUUUCCAAUCUGUCCAAUGAAAGUCUAUCAAGUUAUACUGAUAAGAAUAGUAAUAAAGAUGAAUUACCAACCAUUAUUGACGAAUCAGAAAAACCAAUAAUAAAAUUGAAAAAAAGAACAACACCAAUGUCUAAUUCUCAUCGACAUCGAAGACAUAAUUUAAAUAACACUACAAUAUUAUAUGAUCCCUUGAAUCAUCAAACACUUACAAAUUGUAAUAAAACUGACUUUCUUGAAACGAAAAAACCCAGAAAAAAAACUUCAAAGUCAGUACCUAUUUUUAUUCCACCAAAGAAAUCAUCAACAAAAUCACAUACAUUUUCUUCUACAUUUCCAUUUGAUGAUUCACUUCAGAUUAAAAAAAGCCCUAUUCACCAACGACAAAAUACAUCUGAUAAUAAUAAUAAUAAACAUAAUUCUUCAUCCAUUACGAAUUGGACAUCGGCUUCAUCAACAUCAACACCGCGUUCCAAUAUGCAAUAUUCAAGUAAUUUAGAUGAUGAAGAUUCAAGGGAUAAAAAUUUAUUUACACGAAAAAAAAAAUCUAACAUGAAAGAUCAAAACAUUCAUUCAUCAUAUGCACCUUAUUUUGAUAUUCCAUUGGCUAUAUUCAUUACAGAUCCAAAUGGGUAUUCACAUAAAUUCAAUCUAGAUACUGAUAUACUAGAAAACUGUCAUAAUGAUGAAGAAGUUUUUGAUGAUGAUUUGAUUCCAACUGACGAUAAUACAUUAUUUCCAAAUACUGCAUUCGAUAUUUCUUCAUCAUCACAAGAUAUAAUAAGUCAACCGGGAUCAUCACCAACUUCUGAUAGACAUAGUUUACAAAGUAUUGGCGAAGAAGAAGAAGAAGACGAAGAAGAAAGUGAUCAGGAUAAUCGUAAUAUUUAUUCAAAAGAACUUGAGCGUAUUGAAGCAUCGGCUCGAUCACGUGAAAUAAAUUUUAAUCCACCAAAUAAAGAUACUGAUAAAAAUCAGUAUAGAAAUGAUAAAGAAUUAUUAGGUCGACGAUGGAGUGAUGGUAGUUCUCGUAACGAAAAAGAAGAAACUUCAUCAACAGAAUCAUCAAUAAUAAAAACAGCAAGUGCAAUAUCUAUUGCAAAACCAAACGAAAAUCCACCACCUAAAUUAUCGAUAACAAGAUAUAUUCUUAGGAAAUUACAUAUAACAUUAUUAAGUAAAGAUGAUGCAUCAAAUAUAUCAUCAUCACCAACAAAGUCGGAACGAAAACGUACUGUUUUUUUAUUUUUAAUUUAUUCAGAUUCUCGCAUAAACUUAUCACCAACAAUUGAUUCUAAUUCAAAGUCCCAGUCAAAUAUUAAUAUUCAUGAAUCUUCAAAUAGUCUCGUAUCAAAUGAAUCCAUUCAAAGACGCAAGUCAAACACUGAUAGUAUUCAAUCAACAAAUAAUUCUUAUCGUUUUAAUAAUAAUAAUAAUAACAAACAGACAAUAGGAGAAACAUUUGGUAGCGUUGGAAAUCUUGAUACAAUUGAUAGUGAUGAAGAUGACGAUGAUGAUAUUGAUGGAAAAUUUGAAAAAGCUAAAGUGGGUUUAGCCAAUCGUGCAACUUCCUGUAUGGAUAUGCGUGGCUCACAAUCAAGUAUAAAUUCUACAUUAAGUGAAAAAAAAGCUCGUUAUGGUCUUGAUAUAUCUGGUACAAUUGAAUUGAAAUUAACAUAUACAAUAACAACAGGUGCAUUAGAUAUUUUAAUAUAUAAUUGUAAAAAUUUAGCUCGAGCAAAAAAAACUCAAGAAUCGGAUCCUUACGUUAAAGUGUAUUUAUUACCUGAUCGUUCAAAAAAUAGCAAACGUAAAACAUCCACUAAAAAGAAUACUGUUGAUCCAGUUUUUGAAGAAAAACUUCGUUAUCAUGUAACUAAACAAGAAUUUGAAACUCGUGUUUUAUGGAUAUCAGUAUGGAGUCAAGCAGCAUUAGGACAAAAUGAUUUUCUUGGUGAAAUACAUAUUCCAUUAUCUAAUUGUACGUUAGAUAAAACACAAGAAUACCAAUUAUUAGCUCAAAAGCAAAAAAAUGAUUUAACACCAGUUAUUGCACCAACAGUCGAUUCAGGUGAAAUACAAUUUCAAUUAACAUUUAUUGAAAAUCCAAAACAUAAAGAUAUUGGAACAUUACAAGUACAUUAUAUUGAAGGAAAAGCUAUUUUUUAUGGUAAACAUCAAGUUGAGGCAAUUUGUAAAGGUUUAUUAAUGCCUGAUAAUGUUAAACGAAAAAUACCAGCAAUACGUAAAGGUCCAACACCUAAAUGGGAAAUACCAUUACGAUGGGAUGGUGUACGUCGUGAUAAUUUAGAAAAUACAUCCAUUGAAAUAAGUAUUUGGUCUCAAGAACGUUUUCGAAAAGCAAUGAUUGGUUUUGUACGUCUUAAUCUUGCAAGAGGACAUUUUGAUAAUAAACCAGUUAAAUGGUCAGAUGCAACAAAAGCAGAAAAAUCAGCUUGGGAAACAUUUCUUCGUCAACCAACGGCAGUACAUUAUUUUAGACUUCCAUUACGACCAGCAACUGUUGAAAAAAAAUAA